UUCAACAGUCUUUAUAGUGAAACCAGUCAAACCGAUAAGUCCGACUCUCGUGCAACACAUAGUAACAAAAUUGUGGUCCAGUUUUUCUCUGUGAACCGAACCAAAGAAAAUAUUUGAGAAAAAUGGACAUCGAGGAAAAUCUAUUCGGUUGGAUCGACUAUUCGGUAUUCGUUGGGAUGCUGUUGAUAUCAGCCGUUAUCGGAGUUUUCUAUGCGUGCAAAGGGAAACAAUCCGCUGACGAUAUAUUAAUCGGUGGAAAAUCGAUGGGUGUAAUACCUGUGGCGGCCAGUAUAAUGGCCACAUUUAUGUCAGCCACUGGCCUUCUCGGUGUUCCCGCCGAAAUGUUUCUGUAUGGAACACAAUUGAUUUUAUCUUAUGUGAUAAUCGUCAUGCCUAUUAUGACAUUCAUGUCGGCGUAUUUGAUUGUACCAGUUUUCUACAAUUUGGGUAGUUGUUCGGCUAACGAAUAUUUGGAGAGACGAUUCGGGAAGCCAAUUAGAGCAUUUUCAUGUCUUCUGUAUAUACUUACAAUGACAUUUUUCAUGGGUAUUGCAUUAUAUGCUCCGGCUAUGGCAUUAACACAAGUCACGGGAUUGCACGUGUGGAUUACAGUAUGGAUAACAGGGUUGGUGUGUACAUUUUACACAACCAUUGGCGGUAUGAAAGCGGUGGUCUGGACGGAUACAUUUCAAACGCUUAUAAUGUUUGGAGCCAUGAUUUGGAUCGUUGUACAGGGUAUAAUGGAUUCGGGCGGUCUCGAUCAAGUAUGGGCAGAUAAUUGGGAAACCGAUCGUUUAAACUUGUUCGAUUUUGAUCCGAGUCCCUACACGCGAGUCUCAUUUUGGAAUGCCGUACUCGGUGGAUCUGUCGCGAUGCUAGGUGCCUACGCUACAAACCAAGCAACUAUUCAGCGAUAUCUUUCGCUUCCAACGCUAAGCGAUGCAAAAAGGGCUGUUUGGAUGGCAUUGCCGAUGUUUACAAUAAUCCACCUUCUGGUCCUACUCGUUGGAAUGGUUGUGAUCAGUAAAUACCGUUAUUGUGAUCCAAUCAAAACGCAGCGAAUCAUGACAGCCGAUCAGCUAUUUCCACUGUUCGUUAUGGACACAAUGGGCAGCAUUCCGGGCAUUCCGGGAAUAUUCGUUGCAGGAAUCUUCUCAGCUUCGUUAUCAACCGUCUCGUCGGGUAUCAAUUCGCUAACAGCUGUGGUUCACGAGGAUAUAAUCAAACCAUACAUUUGGAAAAACCUUACCGACGUACAAACGCUAAGACUUCUUAAGAUUAUGUCCAUUGUCGGCGGACUUCUGUGCAUUGGUGCAGCCAUGGUAUCUGGAUUUAUGGGAAAUAUUAUACAGGCAACAAUGGUCGCCUUUGGGCUGCUAGGCGCUCCUAUGUUUGGUACUUUUAUGCUCGGUUUGUUCGUACCGCAUGCAACUAAUAAGGGUGCGAUCAUUGGACUCGUUACUGGUUUUGUAUUCAAUCUAUGGAUGGGAAUGGGUUCCUUGUUCAAUUUUCCGUAUUAUCCAAAACUGGAAAAGGACUACGUAGAUAAAUGUCCCGAGCGAUAUUUCAAUGUAACUGGACAUGCAUUUAACAGAACGUUAAACGAUGAACUCAUUCAGGCCGAAAUUGACCGAACCGAGUCUAUCUUUCCCGUAUACCGGAUAUCGUUCAUGUAUUACAUAUUGAUUGGUGUGAUAAUUGUGAUGAGCGUGGGGACAGCUUCCAGUUAUAUAUUUGGAAAGUCUGACAUUCACGAUUUAGAUACUAGAUUAUUUGUGCCACCAAUAGCAAGAAUAUUAGAGAAGAAACAGCGAUCGAAGAAAUCGUUGAAGAAAGGUAAAAACGACGAAAAAGCAGAAGAAAUUGGAAUGUUAAAAAAGUGAUCAUGGUUCUUCGUAUACAAAAUAAAGAAUUUUAUAUUU